AGUCCACGGACCCGUCAAGCGCGGCGCUGAAGUUAUUUUGCGUCAUGCACGACACCAGCUGCGCGUUCACGUUGAGCCCCUCGUAGGCCUUGACAAGCACGUUGCUGUCGCAGUUGUCGAGCGCGUCCACCGAGCCGAAGACCAGCACGGCCAGCGCAGCUCCGAAGGUCCAGCAGCGCAUGAUGUCCGAGAGUUCUGAAUGUAGCAGAGUCCUUCGACUGUCUUCUCCCCGAGCAGGACAAGAUUGCAAAUGAGGGCUUUGCCUGGCAACGAACGCUCGUAGCGGGAGAAGGAGUCAGACGCGCCAAAGCCUUGACCCACAAGGCCUUCGGAAUCGGGAAGCCAUCUGGGCGCCACGGACGAGGCGAAACGCUGCACGAAAUGACGACCCGACACCUCUACGCCGAGAACGUGGCGGCGAUGUGAGAUGCUGGGAAUCACGCCAAGGCUCGUGCGUGACAGCAAAUGUUUUUGCGGCGUCGAGCGUCAAUUGAUCGGCACGUCCGAGGAAGCCGAAGCUAAACUGCCAUCGAAAAAAUCGAUCUAAAAUGACCAAGCAGCUGGAAGCGAGUUGUCGCAUCGCGGCGGCGCUGGACUGGAGCUGCUAUUCUGACAGCGCUUGCCUUGCCUUCGGCCUUUCAUUCCGUCAUGUGGCGAACGUAUCCAGUGGAGACGUGGAGACGCUGGUGAGUCAGUAUUGA